CUUUGCCCGCUGAAGCUAGGAGGCACGCGGGGAGUCGGCAAGGGGAAGAGUGUUUGUGUGACACUGCCGGCGGCGCGGAGAGGGUGGGAUGGGGGCGGGUGUUGGUGUAGGGACACACGGAAGGGACGGAUAUCGCUGUGACACCUCAGGGACGCUCUGAGGGGACGGAUGUGUGGUACGGGUGCACGCUGAAGGAGCCGGCGGAACCGGGUGGCCAUGGGGAUGUGGGCAUCGCUGGACGCGAUGUGGGAGAUGCCGGCCGAGAAGCGCAUCUUCGGGGCCGUGCUGCUUUUCUCCUGGACAGUGUAUCUUUGGGAGACCUUCCUAGCGCAGCGGCAGAGAAGGAUAUAUAAAACAACAACUCAUGUACCACCGGAGUUAGGACAGAUCAUGGAUUCCGAAACAUUUGAGAAAUCUCGACUAUAUCAACUGGAUAAAAGUACUUUCAGCUUCUGGUCAGGACUUUAUUCUGAAAUUGAAGGCACUCUUAUUCUUCUCUUUGGAGGAAUACCUUAUCUCUGGAGACUUUCUGGACGGUUCUGUGGUUAUGCUGGCUUUGGAUCUGAAUAUGAGAUCACUCAGUCCUUGGUGUUUCUGCUAUUGGCUACACUUUUCAGUGCAUUGACUGGUUUGCCGUGGAGUCUUUAUAAUACUUUUGUGAUAGAAGAAAAGCAUGGUUUCAAUCAACAGACCUUGGGAUUCUUCAUGAAAGAUGCAAUCAAGAAAUUUAUUGUGACUCAGUGUAUUUUAUUGCCGGUGUCUUCACUUCUACUUUACAUUAUUAAAAUUGGGGGUGACUAUUUUUUUAUUUAUGCCUGGCUGUUCACAUUAGUUGUAUCUCUGGUUCUUGUCACAAUCUAUGCUGAUUAUAUUGCCCCUUUAUUUGACAAAUUCACACCUCUGCCUGAGGGAAAGCUUAAACAAGAAAUUGAAGUAAUGGCAAAGAGUAUUGACUUUCCUUUGACUAAGGUGUAUGUUGUUGAAGGAUCUAAACGCUCUUCCCACAGCAAUGCUUAUUUUUAUGGCUUCUUCAAGAACAAGCGAAUAGUUUUGUUUGACACUCUACUAGAAGAGUACUCUGUACUAAACAAAGACAUCCAGGAAGAUUCUGGCAUGGAACCCCGCAGUGGUGAAGAAGGGGACAAUGAAGAAAUAAAACCUAAAGUUAAAAAUAAGAAACAAGGAUGUAAAAAUGAGGAGGUGCUUGCUGUACUAGGCCAUGAACUGGGGCAUUGGAAGUUGGGACACACAGUCAAAAAUAUCGUUAUUAGCCAGAUGAAUUCUUUCCUGUGUUUUUUCUUGUUUGCUGUAUUAAUUGGUCGAAAGGAGCUUUUUGCUGCAUUUGGUUUUUAUGACAGCCAACCCACUCUCAUUGGACUACUGAUCAUCUUCCAGUUUAUUUUCUUACCGUACAAUGAGGUUCUUUCUUUUUGCCUAACAGUUCUAAGCCGCAGAUUUGAGUUUCAAGCUGAUGCAUUUGCCAAGAAACUUGGGAAGGCUAAAGACUUAUAUUCUGCUUUAAUCAAACUUAACAAAGAUAACUUGGGAUUCCCUGUUUCUGACUGGUUGUUUUCAAUGUGGCAUUAUUCUCAUCCUCCGCUACUAGAGAGACUUCAAGCUUUGAAAAGUACAAAACAAGACUGAGACGCGCAGGGUCUGUGACUGAAGACAUUUCUAAUUAUUUCUGUCCUGGCAGCAUGUUCCAGCUCUUGAUGUUUUUAAACUUUUUUUUUAAAGAAAAAUUACUAAGUAUAUAAAAGCUCAGAUUUAAAUACAUUUAAUAUCUCAUUUCAAAAAUGAUUUUAAUAAUCCAUUUCUUAAACACUGGAUGAAAUUUUGAGGCUUAAUGUUUUUAAAGGCAUAGUUUUAUCUUAUCUUUGACAUCUAAUUUAGCAUCAACUUGUAAAAUUAUUUGAGAAAAUGCAGAAUUUGUUUUAUUUAUACACUUAUAUGAAAUCUGCAUAUAAGGUGUUUGAGGGUAUAUGUUUAAAAGAGGGAAUGUCACCUCUUAGUCCUUUCUGUGAGGCAGAAACAGUGGUCCAAAAUCAUUUUACUCAUACCUAAGUUGAAAUUUGUUUUUUACUUUCAUGCUGUUGUGAUGAACCUGGCCAAUCAGUGUUUUAAGAAGAAAGGUAAUAGUUGGUAAGGCUAAUGUUAUUUAAAUUAGUUAGAAAUAUGCUCUACUGUUCUAUCAAAAUUUUAAUUUCUCUGUUCCCUCUCUUACUACACAUUGAUCAGGAGUUUCUAAUAGUACUUUGAAAUUAGAAAUUAUGUAUAGGAUGUUUUAAAUCAUUGAGUUUUAUUUUUGUUUUUAAGAAAAAUCUCAGUCUUUAUCUUUCUUUCCACCUGGUAGGUGUGUUCCUAUUGUGGGGGUAAACUGUAGCUUUUUCUCAUUCAUUCAAUAAAUAACACAUCCUUUCAUUUAGCAGAGAUUGCCAUAUUGAACAGAUUUUUCUGUGUUAAAAGUGGCAGAACAGGAAAGAAGAAGAAAUGACAUUUUAAGAAACAUAAGGGUGAAAUACUGAUGAUUCUCCUAUGAUAAUUCAGGAAAAAAUAUAGUUUUCUAUCUCUUUCAAGGACAGAAGAGUUUCAGUUCUUAUUUUUGUAAUUUUUAUCGGUAAGUCAUAAGUACUAUUUAAUCAGGCCUGAUUCUACUUAUGAAAAUUAUAGUUCUUGAUAUGCAGAUAUUUACUUUUAAAACAAACGAUUUCCAAUUUUAAAACACGUAUGUUUGACUGAUCCAUGUCUCUGUUCACUUUCUGAAUGAGAACUUAUUUUGUGCCUAGAGUCCCACUCACUGAUAAUGUUUACCUUCUGGGCAUUUAUUCCAAAGUGGGAUCAACUGUGCACCUUUGGCCAUAAAGACUUUUUGCUCAGCUGACAUUUGGGUGAUGCCUUCACAUGGAAAUAUAAUAAAUAUAAAACUCUAGUUUAGUACUGCAUUAUUUAUUUUCCUAAGGCGAAAGAGGAACGGUCCUGUGACUUUUUUAUCCAGCAUUCUUUAUCUGUGACUUCAUGCUCUGAUAACUGCCUUUCCUUCCUUCUGUGCCUUUAAAUACAAAUUUCAGUUCUGCACAAGUGAAACAUUAAAAAUUGCCAAUGCAGAUUUA